ACUGCCAUAUACCAGUACUGCGUGGCUCAGGACUUCGCUCAGACCGUCCGUGGCCCAGUGUCGAUCUCUCGCAACUGUAUAGACGCGCGUCGCGGUCACCGGUCAAGGCGUUGGGCCCACAUCGCAGAGGAUUGCGUUUGCCAAGCAUCUUUAACUACUAGUACAAGGCCCUGCGUCUUAAAAGACCCCUCCUACCGAAUCUGCAUGACAUCAGCUCUGUCAAUCCUGCCCCAAGAGCUGUGGGACCACGUAAUCGACCUCCUUCGGAAAGACCGAGACGCGCUUGCUACAUGCAGCCUGACUUGUCGGGUCUGGCUGCCCACAGCACGUACCCAUCUUUGGCACAGGGUUCAGUGUACUACGCCGGCACAUUUACCACGCUUGCAGGUACUCAUAAGACAAUACCCCGAUCUGGCCGCUAUGGUCGUGGAGUUGGAUGUCCACUUGAUAUUCCGAAACCUGCACCGGCUCGCCUUAUUUCCUAACCUCAGAACCCUCACUCUACACCGGCUGCACUCCAAAGCAUAUCGCCUCGACCAGGAACCUGUGAUACGAAACUGGACGAGACCUCUGGCAUCAAUUGUGGCUCUGUCCCUACAAGAGUGCGAUAUAUCGACGGUGAUGCUGGGCUGGUUACUUCACAUCAUGCCCAGUACAAAAUCGCUUAUCUUGCCAGAAGGGACGUCAAUAAUGUACCUCGGUAGCCAUUCAUCGACCGAUGCGCCUUGCCGACUCGAGCAUGUGUGGUGGAUCCUAUAUUUUGCCAAGCAGGGUCCCCUACGACUUCUCCUAUCACCGUUAUGCAGUACACUCCAGGAGGCCACUCUUGUAUGCAUCCCCUACACUGGUCAUGGGCAGUACAGGGCAACAUCAGCGUGCGAUUUCGAGGAGUCUUCGCGCAUGCUGCGUAGUGCAAGUACAUACCUGAGGACGCUCUCUCUGUUGCUACCGAACGUACUGCGUCACCAGUCCACGGCCUUUCGAGCAGGAAUCGGAAGAUUGGACCUCUCUGACAACCGCAGUCUCACAUCCCUGCACAUCGCGCUCAACGGAGCGAACACUCGCGACUGGACAGACGGCCCUGCCGCCGUUCUCGCCCGCCUACCGCCAACACUCGACGCUCUCAGGCGAGUCGACAUCUACACGCUCUUGCGACCGCACGAGCACCUUCUCCAGCGUCCCCGCCGCCCGCACCAAGAGCAGCUCGACCACGAAAUCACUCGUCUUCUGCGGGAUCAUCGCGAUCUCGUCGUGACGUUCCACGUUCGCGGCCAUGUACAGGAUGCUGAGCCUGCGAGAGGCUCCAUCACCAAACGUCUGCGUACGUCCUCCCCGUGGCUCGAAGCUGAAGCGGAACGGCUGCGAUUCUCCCAUGAGUUCGUGGCGGACCCGGCGACGUACGUCUGGGAGCCUGGAUGGCAGGAAUUGGACACUGCGGGCAGCAUUCCCCUGUUUGCGGUGUGACGCGGAGACAACGUUCGUAACACGACUACCACUCACCGAAAGGAACAACGCAGAUCAUAGUCAUCAUACUUCGUCGCUCUUUCUCCUCGUCGUCUACCUUCUAUCAGUGUCUCGGAGCACGGGCAUCCUGUUUGGACACGGACCGCAUAUCAUUGACGCCGCGGAUGCUUUGUGUUUCGAGUUGACCUGACCGCAUCUCUGAAUCCGUGCGCACGCCCACUUCAUGUGCACACGCGCGAUAGGUCAGCAAGUCCCACCAGUAUGUACGACCCGCAUACAGCGUAUGCAGAAACGCGUCUCAGGGCAGCACGCGCGUAGGAGUGACGGAUAAGCGUGACAUGUCGCGGUCCGAAGGCACCUGACUUGUGACAUCGCCAC